GGUCCCGCGUAACAGCCGUUUGAAUCCAAACGGCAUUUACGCGGAAAUCCGCCGAUUACUUCUCUUACCAACCGCCAGGUAACAACGGACGACACCGAUGCGCGAUAACCGCGCGCGGACGGAUCGAACCGGUGACACCGCGCACCGGACCCAAGACAGUCAGUCUUGUGAUCCGCGUCCUAGCACCCACACACACCUACUCGCCUAAUAUAUAUUUUCAGCUUCACAUUUUUUUUGACUCCAUCGCCAAUUGUUUUUUUUUGUUUUUUUCUUUUUGUUCUCUUCUUUUCAAAAUUACGUAGUGUAACGAUAAUAAAACACCACCUCAUUUUCCCCAAAUUGUGCGUUCAAUUAUUUAUUUUGUUUUUCCUUCACGUCUCACACCUCAGCCAUCCCGUCCUCAUCCAUCAACCGACGUCGUCGCACUAACAGGCACCCCGUCAAUUGGCUCCCCGAACAGGAAUCACCGUCGAGCAGCCAACCGCAACAUGGACCAGAGGCAAAACCCCCUCCACCAGGCCGCGGAACUGUUAGAGCGCAGCCAGCAGCUACUGCGCACGGCAAACGCCGAAACCCCCCGCGCAACAACGGCCGCACGGGCGCGAAGGAUGCCCCUGGAACAGCUACGCCGGGACCCGGUGCUGUGGGCUGCCUACAACCGCGGGUGGAACGACCGCACGGCGGCAUUCCGCCGUGUGAUGGACGAGCCACCCGUGGAAACACACCGGUCCCGGAGCCCGAGACGGCACGUGCUACCAGCGGGUAUGCCGCGACCGCCCGCGAUUCCCCCGUCUGCGUACCUUUUCCGACCCCCUCCCCUACCCCUGAUGGCAACGCCAGUACCCCGGCCGCCAGCGAUCGUAACAGCGCCGCCAACGACAACAACAGCGACAAGAACGAUGACGACAACGGCAAGACCGACGACGACGGUAGCGGCACCACCAGCAAACAGAAACCGCCAGCGAAACCACCGUCAGCGAAGGAACGCAGCUCGGCUAGCCGAUUUCAAGGCAGCGAAGAGGACCACCGGGGAGGGGCCGUCACAACAGUUCCGCCUACAAAAAACGCUACCCACCACCAACCCGCCGCCAUCAACCGUCACCCCCAACGGCACCACGUCUGCAGACCAGGGAGGAAACGACCCCUAGUCGCCGAGGUAACAACCCCGGAGGAAAACAUGCCUACCGGAAUAGUUGAAACCUCGGAACAACCAGCGCCCACCCCAACACCUCCGGAGGAUAUGGAAAUAUCCCCGGAGGAAGAGGCGGAGCUGCUGGCAGACGUGGACGUCGGCCCUCCCGAGGACGUAGACAUGGAGGCCGUCUAUGAUAACGCCAUCCGGGGUUAUCUAGACGGACCCACACCACCACAACCGGAGUAGACACCCGGGACCACGUCCGCUGUAAUCAGCUGGAAUACGUGCCCACUGCUCCGGAAUAGUGCCCGCACCGAACAACCACCGCCCACACCUAUCACCCAACCGUUGUCGGCCGGAAACCCGCCACCCCUGGCGGUUUGGGGGGGAGCAUGACGCGGUCCCGCGUAACAGCCGUUUGAAUCCAAACGGCAUUUACGCGGAAAUCCGCCGAUUAC